ACAACUUAUCAGCGUUGUAAACGCUGCCAAUGAUGUGAUCAGUUCACGGUCACUAUUCCGCAACGGUCACGCAAUUCCGAACCGGCUGUUCACGUGCUAUGUAGCUACUAACUUAUGUCAGCAAUCACAGUGGUUGCUAUCUCGUUGGAGAUUAUUGACACUUUUUCCCUUAUCAUGUUGCUAACAUGCGCGUGAGUUGUUCUUUACAAUCCGACAGCUAUUUAUCUUUGCAUUCUUAUGUGACAAUCGAGUAAAGCAUUUGGAGAAAAUAUUAUGCAUAACAUUUUAUCUUAAUAUUGCUCGGUUCUAUAUAAAAUCUAUAAUUACACUUAAUGUAACGAAAUGUGUAACUUUAUUUAAAAUCCAAUAGCACAUUAGUGCACUUAUAUGCAAAAAAAUAUGAUUAUUUUAAUCGGCAUAACAAGAGUAAUCUAUUUGUUUUACGAAGAGCAACCCGACAAAUCUUAAAAUUCUAAUAAUGCUGUUACAAUGACGUCAUCAGGUGCAUAAGACGUCCAAUAAAUAUACGAGAGCCGGAUAAUGUAAUGAAUUUGCUGAGAAGACGACUGAUCAAUUCAUGAUAAUGUUACGAACAAGAUUGCUUGGCUGUGUGAAUAGCAGCAAUUAUUUUGCAACUCGUCUGUUAUUUUCCAAACGCUUCAAAUAUGUUGGUACAGGAGUGACAUUGUUGAGCGUUAGUUACGCCUUUUUGCCUUCAAGGAAGAAAAGAGUUGUAAAAAGUGUUCUAGGAAGUUGGCUUAGAUUUACAAGAUCGUUGAAAAUUGGUAUGACUAUAUCUAUGGAUUACUUGAUUGCCCCUAUAAUGGGUUGUACGGAAUCGGAAAUUCAUCAAAGGUCCGCCGAUCGAAUCGUUCAGGGAUGCUUGCAGAACGGCGGAAUUUACAUAAAGCUUGGACAAGGCUUAGCGGCGAUGAAUAAUAUUUUACCGAAAGAAUAUACGAAAAGUUUGUCAACAUUACAGGACAAAUGCUUGAUUCGAGAGAAGGACGAAAUGGAAGAAAUAUUUGUACAAGAUUUUGUCAAGAAAUCGAAAGAAAUGUUACGCGAGAUUGAACCGGAACCAGUCGCGGCUGCUAGUUUAGCUCAGGUAUACAAAGGUGUUACUCUUGAUGGGAACAAAGUGGCUAUCAAAGUACGAUAUAUCGAUCUUCACGAUCGAUUCCUAUCCGAUUUGAAUGCGAUAGUUUAUUUAUUAAAGGCUAUUACUAUUAUACAUCCAAAAUUCGAUUUGCAUUGGGUACUGGAUGAAAUGAUUGACACGCUGCGUAUGGAACUGGACUUUGAGAACGAAGGAAAGAACGGGGAACAAUGUGCUAAAGACUUGAAGAAAUUCAAUUACGCAUAUAUACCAAAAGUUUAUUGGAAUCUCAGUAGUAAGAGGAUUCUCACAACAGAGUGGAUCGACGGAAUUAAAAUAACCGAUAUAGAAGGAAUCCAGGCUGAAGAUUUAAAUCUUGCAGAUAUUGAUCAGAAGCUGAUUACUUUAAUGGGAGAACAAAUAUUUCACACAGGGUUUGUACACGCUGAUCCACAUCCAGGAAAUGUUCUCAUAAGAAAGGGGAAAGACAAGAAAGCGCAAAUAGUACUACUAGAUCAUGGCUUGUACGAACACGUAUCAGAGAAGAUAAGACAUAUUUUGUGCAAUUUUUGGGAAUCAAUGGUCUUGAGAGAUGACAGCUCCUUGAAAGCUCUUGCAAGUAAUUUGAAUGUGGAAGAUUAUGUACUAUUAGCAGAAAUGUUAUCUCAGGCACCAUAUAAAGUUUCCUUUACAUCACGUCCGAACAACAUCACAUUGGAUGAGUAUAUGAUAAAGAAGACUCAAGAGCGAUUUGAUAAAAUAACAGCUAUAUUGAGAUCGAUGCCUAAAAGUAUAAUGCUAAUACUCAGAAAUUUAAAUACAGUACGUGCUAUUAUCAAGGAUCAUGGAGACGUUAUCAAUCGGUAUAGACUGAUGGCAAUUAUUGCAACACGUGGGAAAUAUCAAACUGCAAAACAACCUUUUUACAAAAUCAUCGCUGGUAUUUUCUACGUUACAAAAUUCGAAAUUCGCAUUUUCUACAACAAUCUUCUGCAAUGGAUAAAUAAAGUUUAUUUAACUCUCUUAAAAUUACUCAAUUAUGAUGUUACACCAAUUUUACAAACACUUUAGCAACAUUGUUCUAUUAAGAAAAAUACAUAUAUAUUUACAUAUAAUAUCAAUGUAACCAAUAUACAAUUGGCAUUGUAAUACGAUUUUAUAUCCAUUGGUUAUAAAUAUUGUACUGAAAAUGUGAUUCAAGCCCUUGGCUUUUCACUGUAAAUUGGAUUAUGACGUUGAACUUGAUUAUUUUUAACAAAAUCAUAAUUUAUAAUUUAUAAUUGCAGGAUGAGUUUACUUUGUAAGAUUAUAUAAGAGGUUUAAAUAUUUUGAAUAAAAGAUGUUUCCAUAUUAAUCAGUUUUUAUAGCGUAUAUUAUGUAUUUUUGUUAAAAUUUUUUAUUCAAUUCUUUGAAGGAAUUCAAAGAGAUAUAUAAAAGUUUGAGAGUUUAUUGCCUAGUAAGUACAAUGAAAUAAAAUAUUAUUAUCAUUGAGAAAGUUAGAAAAAAAAAAGACUUCUUUGGUGUGCAGUUGUAUAUUACGAAUUUGUUACUGAGUUUGCAAAAGCUUGUUCCUAUCUGAUUUCCUAUCUGAUAUAUACAAUAGAGAACAUAUAAAAAAUUACAGCUUAGAUUUAAUGUUAGUAACAAUGAAGCUCUCUUCAUUUAUAUCUAAACAAUGUUCUCUGUAGAUAAAAUAUAUAGAUAAAUGAAUAAAAAAUAUUGUAUAUAUAUAUAUAUUAAAGUUUAUUCUAUUUUAUUGAUUAACGCAAAAUAGGAAUAGGAAAUUGAACUGCUUAUUUUACCUGUUGUUCGACUUUUUUCCAUAUGUUUGUUUAAUUAUAAUGAAGACUGAACAUGCAUUCAUUAUAAUGAAGAAUUUUGCAUUCUAUAUAACUCUAUUUUAUAUACGUGUUUUUACAUAUAUAAGAUCCAAUAAUUUACAUAAAUGAUUUAAAAAAGAUCUAGAUUGAGAAUAAGAAAAAUCCGUUUAUUCUCCGAGCCACAAUUUCAAGACAUUUUCAUAAGAAUUAAAAAAUUAGAAUAGAACAAAAAUUUUGUAAUAAUUUUUCCUCGAAAAUAUUUUCAAAAGAUUAGAGAACUUUCCAGUUCAAAAACUUUAAAAUCAAAAUAUACAAGAAUUGGAAAUUGAAAAUCCUACAAUUUACAGAACGCGAAAAUUUUAAUAUUCAAGAUUAUUAGAAAGCUAAGGAUCUCUUAUGAUCCAAGCUAUUCUUAUUUUCUUUACAUUAAGGUUGAU